UUUCUUGAGUGUUUGAAGAUUCCAAUCGGGUUCUCAGGGUCUUAUGCAAGGGAACUCUCCGCAGCUUCCGCUUUAUCUGCCUUGUUUUGUGUGCGAGGAGGCGCUGUGCGCAGGCAGUUCUUCCUUUUUUAGCUGCUCUUCGAGGAGAAAUUCUUUCCAUGUUACUUACAAGCUGAAACAGGUCUGGACACAUGGGAAGGCACAGAGUUGUGCUCUUCUGUAGCAGAGCGAAGUAGUUUCGUAGUGAGUAUUAUAAAUGUUAGUGAUCAUGCCAGGCCCUUGAUUCAUUCUUUCCAAAUAGUUACUGAGAACCCAGUCUUAGCUGCUAGGCUCUGCAGAAACUGGAGAGGGUAAGCAAGUUUGUGGGGGUAGGGUGGUAAGGAGGCAACCAGCCAUUCUCAGCUUCUGUACAUAAAGGAAAGGCCACUUACACAUAAAGCUGUGUGAGUGGCCGAUAAACUAUUCAUAAUCCUGGAAUUUUGCUGUGAUUUGGUUUUAUUUUUUCGCUCAUCAACGGCCCUGCCUUUCUUAGAUAGGUGGUCAUAAUAUGCCUGUUCCUUUAAAAAAAAUUAUUUUUUAAAGUCAUGUUUGUUAAGUCCGUGCAGUGCGCACGGCGGCCAGCAGAGGGCAUUGUAUUCCAAAAGCCGGAAUUACACGUAUUUGUGCGUUCCUGGAUGUGGGUUCUGGGAUGUCUCUCCAACCCCUUCAUAGACCCAUUCUUCAUUUUGUAUGUUUGGUGUAACUGGGCGUGGAAUCCAGGACUUUGCAUCCGUUAGACAAGUGAUCUACCAUUGAGUUAUAUCCACAUUCACUUAUCUUUGGGUCGGAUAUGAAGAAUCAACAGUUUCCCAGCAGCACUUCCUCAAAGGCCCAUGGUGGUGGUGGUGCCUGUUCCCAGUCCCAAGGUGGCACUUUCUCUCCCUUGCACGAUCUCUCCUCACAGUCUCCAGGCACAUCCAGUUCCUCCACCAGCACAGUGCCAUCUUCCAGCCAGUCCUCACAUUCCAGCUCUGGGACGCUGAGCUCUUUAGAGACAGUGUCCACUCAGGAACUCUGUUCUAUUCCCGAGGACCAAGAACCUGAGGAUCCUGGUCCUGUCCCAUGGGCUCGGUUAUGGUCUCUUCAGGAUGGAUUCUCCAAUCUAGACUGUGUUAGUGACAACUACUGGUUUGGGAGGGAUAAAAGCUGUGAGUAUUGCUUUGAUGGACCACUGCUGAGAAAGACUGAGAAGUAUCGGACAUACAGCAAGAAGCACUUCCGCAUUUUCAGGGAAAUGGGCCCUAAAAAUUCUUACAUUGUGUAUAUAGAAGAUCACAGCGGGAAUGGAACAUUUGUAAACACUGAGCUCAUAGGGAAAGGGAAACGCCGUCCUUUGAGUAACAACUCUGAAAUUGCACUUUCUUUGUGUAGAAAUAAAGUUUUUGUAUUUUUUGAUCUGACUGUAGAUGAUCAGUCAGUUUAUCCUAAGGAAUUAAGAGAUGAAUACAUCAUGUCAAAAACUCUUGGAAGUGGUGCUUGUGGGGAGGUAAAAAUGGCUUUUGAGCGGAGAACUUGCAGGAAAGUAGCCAUAAAGAUCAUCAGCAAACGGAAGUUUGCUCUCGGCUCAUCGAGAGAAGCUGACAUGGCUCCCAGUGUUGAAACUGAAAUAGAAAUUUUGAAAAAACUAAAUCACCCAUGCAUCAUCCAGAUUAAAGAUGUUUUUGAUGCAGAAGAUUAUUACAUUGUUCUGGAAUUGAUGGAAGGUGGAGAGCUCUUCGACCGGGUAGUGAGCAAACGCCUGAAGGAAGCAACCUGCAAACUCUAUUUCUACCAGAUGCUUUUGGCUGUACAGUACCUUCACGAAAAUGGGAUUAUACAUCGGGACCUAAAGCCAGAGAAUGUUCUUUUGUCUUCUCAAGAAGAGGACUGCCUUAUCAAGAUCACUGAUUUUGGACAGUCCAAGAUUUUGGGGGAGACAUCACUGAUGAGAACUUUAUGUGGUACUCCCACUUAUCUGGCUCCUGAGGUCCUUGUCUCCAAUGGGACUGCUGGAUACAGCCGUGCGGUAGACUGCUGGAGCUUAGGAGUUAUUCUUUUCAUCUGCCUUAGUGGGUAUCCGCCUUUCUCUGAGCAUAAGACUCAAGUGUCACUGAAGGAUCAAAUCACCAGUGGAAAAUACAACUUUAUUCCUGAAGUCUGGACAGAUGUUUCAGAGAAGGCUCUGGACCUUGUCAAGAAACUGUUGGUUGUGGAUCCAAAAUCUAGGUUUACCACUGAGGAAGCCUUGAAUCACCCAUGGCUACAGGAUGAGUGCAUGAAGAGAAAAUUUCAGGAUCUACUGGCUCAGGAAAAGAAUUUGAUGGCCCUCCCCCUGACUCCCGCCCAGCCUUCCAGUCGAAAGCGGCCCCUGGAACGGGAAGUGGAAGAUGUUGAGAGCACAAAGUACCGCGCCAUAUGUGAUGAACUGGUUUGAACUUAAAUGGUGGUGCACGCCUUUAAAUCCCAGCACUGGGGAGGCAGGGGCAGGUGGAUCACUGUGAGUCGGAUGCCAGCCUGGUCUACAGAGCAGGUUCCAGGACAACCAGGGCUGUUGCACAGAGAAAUCCUGUCUCGCAAAACCAAAAAGAAAAAGAAAAAAAAAAAAGGAAGAAAUGUGCUUUUUUUCAUACUGCUGUUGUCUUCCACCAAGAUAAGUCUUUUUUUCCCCCCUAAGGCUAUGUAUUUUAAUGGUGAGAAUAACUGCUUUUCCAUCACUGAUACUAUUAUGCCCAGAUCAUGGAGUCUCCCCCCCCCCCCCCAUAACUAACUAGGAGACUGAGUCCUGUAUGUAAAAGCAAGAGCCUUUAUUCUUACACAAGUUUGCAAACUUGGGCUCUCCGUGUGUCCAUCAUAUUGGAGUGGUUGGAGAGCUGGCUUAGUUAGGGUUGGGUUUUUGUAGUAGCAAAGGUUGGGGUGAGGGAUUUCUAAGGUUCAGGACCCCUGAUUGUCUGGCAUUUGUCUAGGGGGUGUCCUGGUGAAAAAGCGGUGGGUGUGUGCUCGCAGAUGAUCCUAUCUACAACUGUUGGAAUGUUGGGAAUUUCUUUUUGAUGGUCUGUUUCUGGGUGGUGCCUGGGUAGUCUCAGUUUGUGGUCUUUUCAUAACCAGGUAUUGUCUCCUCAGGGUAAACUCCUGAGACUCAGGCCUCUAUUGAGCUCGUCAUGACUGGCCUUGUACAAUACACAAUUAAAAAUUGUGGGGAAAACAAAACAGUAACAACAACAAAAAAAAACUUUGUGGAAAUUGGCCUCAGGACUUAUACUUCACAAAUAGCACUUUCGAUGAACACCUUUUUCUUUAAAAAAGGAUGUUAGGUGGGCUAUGUAGAAAGAUAGUUUAGUGUUUGAGAGCAUCCCUGUAGAGUACUCAAGUUAGGUUAUUGGCACCCAUGUAACUACAGUUCCAGGGAAUCUGAUGCCCUCUUCUGGCUUCUGUGGCUACCCAGACACACAUGUUCAUACGCACAGGCACACAUAAACAUUAAAGAAAAAUAUUCUAAAAUAA